AUGGACGAAUCAUGGAGGAUGAGAAUGGGAAUGAACAUCCCUCGUCGAAGAUCCACCGAAGAAACCUCAUCAGAUCGCAUGAGACGAACUAUUUUCGGUCUUGAAGCCUCUGAUUCUUCACUAACCUUAAAGCCUGAAGACUUCCAAGAUGUCUUCGGAGGUCCACCUCGCAGCAUUCUUUUCCGUCAAUUCUCCGGUGAAUUGACGGAACCUUCCAGUGUUCAGAAUUCCGUCGGCUCGUGGAGAGGAGGAGGAGGAGGAGGAGGAGGAGGGGGAGUUGGAGGUUUCAGGAGAAGCGAUGGAUUUUAUGAUGAUAUAUUCGGAUCGGACGAUGAUCGGAGGACGAGAUCACGAUCAAAGUCGGAGUCAAAAUCGAAGUCGAAGUCGAAAUCGAAUUCUUCGUCGGUAUUGAGUUCGGAGGACUUGAGUCCUCUUGGUCCCCCCAUUGCAGAGGACGUUGGCUUCUCUUCCUUUGCAUCCAAGCUCAGGCCGAUCAACAUUCCAUGUCGAUGGAAUUCAUCGUCAGUGACACCUGAAGAACAGCAGAAGAGAAAUGGGAUUUCAGCCAUUCCAUGCAACCCAGCUUCUUAUAUGGACUUCCAUUUUACAGACAGCAUCUCCCACGAGAGCUUCAGAAGCAACCACUUCGGAUUUUCAAGACGGGUUCCAUCGCCAGAAUCGAUUAUUCCCGAACCCAUUCCGUACCAAAGAACUAAGAUGUCAGUGGAUAAUGUAGAAGACACUGAUUCUCCUCGUUCUGCAAUCUCUUCACUCUAUCGAGAACCAGAGGCGAAACCCACCAUUCAAGGCAAAGAAUUGGAUGACCAAGAAGAAGAUGAAGUUAUGAGCUCUUAUGUUAUUGAGAUCACAUCUAACAAGAUGGAAGUAACAGAUGGAGUAGUGGAUGAAGCAAUUGCAUGGGCCAAAGAGAAGUUUUUGACUCAAAGCUUAGAGGGGUUGGAACGAGGUGAUCGGAAUAACAGAGACCACUAUUCAGAAAAAGAAGAAAGGCGUAUCAAAUUGGACCAACGAAUGGAUCCAGCUGAAAGAAUGCAAUUCCUUACGGCUCUUGAAGGACCGAAGGAGUGGACAAUGGGCAAGGGAAAACUGCCUUCAGAAAAAGAUGUAAGCUGCUUCCCUUGAUACUUGUAUAUGUGUGUGGUGUGUGUGUGUGUGUAUUUGUUGGAUUUUAAGGGGCAGUAAACAUAUCUGAGUGUCAACAUGUGUAUGUUUGGAUAUGCGGGAACAAGUGCGUUUUUUGGGAAUUUAUAUGUAAGAUUAAUGCGUUUUUCAGAGUUUGUAUAUUUCUUGUACAUCGUUUUUUCUACGAACGAGUGAAGUAACCUAUUUAUCCCUUCUAUGGCUUCUAUAAAAUCUUAUUCUUUCCUUCUUCUUU